AUGGUCGAUGGUGGCAAGACCCUUGUAGAGGCACUGAAGAACCCAUUGUUGAGCAGUUCCCGGUUGAUAAAGCUGCUGAGAGCCGACUCUAAAGUUCCAACCGUUGAUGCUGCAAUCAAACUAAUUGAAACACAUGGCCCCAUCCAUGAAAGCUUCCAUACACCGAGACAUGUGGACAAGGGUGCCCAUUUCGCAUACUCGAUCCCACAGAAUAGGACUGGAUAUUCUCCUCUUCUCGUUAAUGAGAAAGCCUUGAAAGACAUGAACAUCAUCAGGGACCAAGAACUCACAAAGAUUCUUGAUGGAGAAACACUGUAUUACGAUGAAUCAAGAGCGAUAUUCCCUUAUAGUACCAACUAUGCAGGCUUUCAAUUUGGCCAAUUUGCUGGCCAAUUAGGGGAUGGAAGAGUAGUGAAUUUAUUCGAUCUUAAGGAUAAAUCUGGUGAAUGGCAAACUCUACAGAUCAAAGGCAGUGGAUUGACGCCAUUUUCAAGAUUCGCAGAUGGGAAAGCGGUGUUGAGGUCAAGCAUACGUGAGUACAUUAUUAGUGAAUCCCUACAUGCCAUUGGAAUACCAUCCACGAGGUCCUUACAAUUGACGUUAUUACCCACAACAAAAGCACAACGGGGUGGUACCGUUGAGCCAUGUGCUAAUUAUUGCCGUUUUGCACCAACAUGGCUGAGACUGGGUCAUUUUGAUAUCUACCGCUGGAAAUUCGAUAUACAGAGUAUGGCCAAGCUCUCCGACUAUGUAAUUGAAGAAGUUUUCCACAAUAAUAUUGAACAGGAGGACUUGAACGAAUACACAAUUGAUUAUUUUCCUGAUGAACCAGGCCAGCCAAACCCCGAAUGCACCGCCAUUGAUUCGAAGAGUACUACCAAAUACGACCUCAUGUUUCGCAAGAUUGUCAAUUUGAAUGCUGAAUGUGUAGCAUACUGGCAAGCUUACGGAUUCCUCAAUGGUGUUUUGAAUACCGACAAUACGUCCAUUCUUGGGCUUUCCAUUGAUUUUGGGCCUUUCAGCUUCAUGGAUCAGUUUGAUCCUCAGUAUACCCCAAACCAUGAUGAUUCGAUGAGGCGUUAUUGUUUUGCUAACCAGCCGGGUAUAGUGUGGUGGAAUUUGCUACAGUUCGGACAAGCCAUCUCGGUGUUGCUGGGAUCUGGUAAGUACAACUUACCUACUGUGCUCAAGGCUAAAGAUAUUGGGGAUAUAGACAAGGGCACGCAAAGGCAAUUACUGGACAGAGUCAAUUCGUUGAUCCAUCUUUGCGGCAAUGAAUACAAAUACCGGUUUACUUCCAAGUACGUCGAGCUAAUGGCCAAGAGGCUCGGCGUGGAUGUUGACGCAGUUAUCCCAGAAGGGGACAAGCAAACUAGGGCAAAACAUAUCAAUAUCUUCUUGAAGGAGACCAUUGAGCCACUGUUGGAGGUCCUGCAAUACACAAAAGUUGACUACAACAACUUCUUCUACAAGUUAGAAGAGUACAAUGGGUCGCAGCAUGUAAACAAUGAUUCUCUGGAUGACUUCAUGGGACUCAACCCGCAUUACGUUAGGCUGUUUUUCAGUGCUGAGGAGUUUGCCCUGCUGGGCCGCUACUACUGCGGCGAGCACACAAUGAACAGCGAUGUCAAGGCAGCACUGGAGUACUUGCAAAAGAUCAAGCAGUGGACCACCACACUCGGGAAACUGCCCAGGUCAAACGCGAAACACGUCAAUCCCAAGUUCAUACCUCGCAGUUGGAUGUUCGAAGAAGUGAUAGAUGACUUAACCUUGCAGUUGCGGGAUGGCCACAAACCGGACCUCUCUGCACUGCAGAAACUAAGCAACAUGAGCACCAACCCCUAUGACCCCGCUCAAUGGGACCAAACCCGCCCGGAUUUACAGGAAAGAUGGCUACAGGAACAACACCCUUCAAAACUGAUGAAACAAGCCUCUUGCUCAAGCUAG